AUGCCUGUGAGAGAUGUGGUCAGUUGGAACACGAUGAUUUCAGGUUAUUCUUCUUAUGGGUUUGGUGAUCAAGCUUUUCAAAUUUUCCUUGAAAUGCAAAAUAUUGGCACGAGGCCAAGUGUAUUCACUUACACUAUCAUGGUGUCACUUGUGUCAAGUCCCUGUCAGGGUAAGCAAAUUCAUGGAAGGUUGAUCAGAAGUGGGAUGAAUUUCUCAAAUUUGGUACUUGGGAAUUCUUUAAUAAAUAUGUACGGGAAUUUUGGUCUUGUUGAUUAUUCUUUUGGUGUGAUUUCGACCAUGAAGCAGUUGGAUAUUAUAUCUUGGAAUUCUUUGAUCUGGGCCUGCCAUAAUGCAGGACAUCAAGAACUGGCAUUAGAGCAGUUCCAUCGUAUGAGAAGCAAAGAGUUGUUCCCUGACGAGUUUACGUCUUCAAUACUGAUUAGUGUGUGUUCUAACCUGCAAGAUUUAGAACAGGAUUGGAGGAUUCCGUACAGCUUUUUAGAGAACAAUAUCAAUGGGACCCAGCUCUAUGCAGUUCCAUGAUUUCAAGCUAUGCUAGACAUGGUUUAGGAGAAGAGGCAUUAGGACUUUUUGUGCUGACCUUGAGGAAGGAUCUUCGGCCUACUGAAUACAUGGUUAGUUGUCUUCUGAGUUGUCUUUCCAGUAUGUUACAAGUAGAACUGGGCAAUCAAAUCCAUUCUUUGGUUCUGAAAUUAGGUUUUGAGUCAGAUGCAAUAGUUUCCAAUUCACUUGUUGAAAUGUAUGCAAAAUUGGGAUUUAUUUAUGAUGCCUUGGAUAUCUUCAAUGAAAUAAGAAGAAGAGAUUUGAUAUCCUGGAACACCAUAUUGAUGGGUCUAACCUACAAUGGUAAAGUGUCUUUGGCUAUGGACCUUUUCAACGAAUUAAUUAGCGAAGGUAUACCCCCAGAUCGAAUAACUCUAGCUGCAAUCUUACUUGCAUGCAACUAUGGAAGUUUGGUUGAUGAAGGAAUUCAAAUAUUAUGCUCCAUGG